AUGCUGCACAAGCGUUCCAACCACGCUAGCUCUUCGUCGCCUCCGACCCUUCCAGAUACCAGCGAUGAAGAGCUUUACAGCGAGCUCCGAAGAACCAUAGACGCUCCUAAGGCUCGCAAACGUCGACGACCGCAGCCUCCUUCCACCACAUCUGUCACGCACGGAGGGACGCUACGAGCUCUGCUGGGCUUUGCCGCUACAGACGACUACAUUGAAACGUCCAAGGGCGGUGCUUUGGCUCCUUCGACUGCGUUCGGAGCCCGAACUCACCCGCAAGCGCUCAAGAAGGACGUCGAUAACACGCUUAGCCUUGAUGCGGCUACUAGGAAGACUGGCUCGACUUCUUCCACAUCACUGUCGUCCUCCUCCUCCUCUUCGUCCUCUUCGUCGGAGGAUGAGCUCGUAUUACCGCUCUCGUGCGCAACACGUGAGCCGAUAAGCUCAGCGGCUGCUAUAAAGUCGUCAGUCAAAGUAGAGCAUCGAGGUUCGUCUACGCGGAUUGAUAGACCUCCACCAGACGACUCUGACACAGGGGAUGAGCCGGAGCAACCAUUGAGCCUGGGCCUCAAUGGCAAUGGAGCCGGCUCGAUGCGCCAGUUUUCCAUAACGCAAUCAAGCACGAUAGCUGCCGGCAGCCAGACGAGCGAGGAUGAGGAGGAAGACGAAGUAGCACUCGCUGUCAAACCUCCAUCAUUAACAUCAACGGCUGCAGGCACGUCCGCUGCGCCAAAACUUUCGCACAAAACCAUUGACGACUUGCAAGGCCAGCGACCCGCAUUUCCAGUACCAGCGGAGCUUCGAGACACUGAUCCAUUGGAGCUUGCACCAGGUUUCGCGGUGCCAGCAUCGAUCAAUCGCUUUUUGCGAAGCUACCAGCGGGAUGGCGUUCGCUUCCUCUACCGGUCCUACGCUGAAAACAGAGGUGCAUUGCUUGGAGAUGACAUGGGUCUCGGCAAGACCAUCCAAGUCAUCGCCUUUCUCUCAGCCAUCAUGCGCAAGACUGGUCGCGAAGAAGACGCUGACCGCCGCAUCGAGGCCGUGCGUAGCGACAGGCAACGGGCAGACUACCAUCGUGCCAAUGCAGUAUGGCCUACCUGUUUGAUCAUCUGUCCUAGCUCCGUCAUCGACAACUGGCGGCACGAGCUCGAUACAUGGGGCUAUUUCGAACAUGCUGCUUUCAGCGGAACACGUGCCAAAAAUGCACUGGAGUCCUUCCGUCGAGGUCGGCUCGACAUUCUGGUUACCAGCCACGAGACAGCAUCGUUAUCCAUCGAACAUCUACGCGAUCUUGAUCUCUCCUGCGUACUGAUCGACGAAGCACAUAAGCUCAAGAACCCAAAUUCGCAGAUGACCAAGGCUAUGCAAAUAUUUCGCUGCAAAGCUCGAUUCGCGUUGACGGGCACAGCCAUCCAGAACACCUAUCGCGAGCUUUACACUCUCGCCGACUGGACUAAUCCUGGCCUGCUAGGCACAGUAAAGGAGUGGAUCACCGAGAUCGAGGAGCCGCUGAAGCAGGGUCAAAGGCGAGGUGCAGAUCGAGAACACAUUGCCGACGCUAGGACAAGGGCCGAAAAGCUGGUCACAAAUGUGCUGCCCAUCUUCUUCCUACGACGUACCAAGGCGUUGAUCGCCGAUCAACUGCCACACAAAUUCGACAAGAUUGUCUUUUGCCCGCUGACCUCGACGCAGCUUGAAGUCUACAAGCGCAUCUUGUCUGAGGAUGAGGUUGACUUAAUGAAGCGACACGCCGAUCCGUGCGAUUGCGGACGUUUGGACCCCGAGACAGGGCUGGCCUACCGACGACAGAAUUGCUGCUUCAAGCGGGACGGCAAGGGGGAGGCUUGGAACAAGAACAUGCUAAAGUACAUCUACCUUCUCCAGAAGUGCUCGAACCACGUCGCCUUGGUCUUUCCAGAUCCCGAAGACGCCUCUUCUCGAGAACCGGAUCGCAUGGAAAGGUACGAUCGUCAAUUGUCAUACGUGCAGCUCAUGUUCCCAGACAGUUGGCAGAGCAAGCGGUGCAACGCCGCCAAUGGAAUGGAGCCAGAGUUUUGCGGAAAGUGGAAGGUGCUCACCGGACUUCUCUCGCAGUGGCAUGCUGAUGGCGACAAGGUAUUGCUCUUUUCGACCAACAUGCGCUUGCUGCAAUUCAUCGAAUUCUUCCUGGCACGAGAAGGACACAACUUCCUCCGGCUUGAUGGCUCGACGCCGCAGCCUCGACGUCAACAGCUUGUCAACCAAUUCAACAGGGACAGCAGCAUCUUUGUCUUUGUCAUCUCCACCACUGCGGGAGGCACCGGCCUGAACUUGACAUCAGCCAACCGCGUCGUAGUGUUCGAUCCGCAUUGGAACCCAUCACACGACCUGCAAGCGAUGGAUCGAGCAUACAGGUUCGGGCAGGCGAGGGAUGUUUACGUGUACCGACUCAUCGGGGCAGGCUCGCUUGAGGAAGUCAUCUACGGCCGACAGCUGUAUAAGCAGCAACAGAUGGAGAUCGGAUAUAAUGCCACCAAGGAGCGUCGCUACUUUGAAGGUGUAGCCGGCGAUCAAGGCAGUCUAGGCGAGCUAUUCGGAUGUAAGAAUCUGUUUACGCUGCACGAGAGCAGUCUGGCGAUGAAAUCAAUCAUUGACGAAUGCAACAUCUCAGAGGUCACAUUCGCUCUCGAGCAGUAUUUGAAGGCUGGAUCGCUCGAUGAUCAGGACUCUGCCGAUGCAGCCUUCGUAGAGCGUGCUCAUAGUCAACAGGAGAGCCGGCUCACAUCGACGCAGAACAGCGCACGGGCAGACACAACAGCGCAGCCGACUUCAGUCGGAGCAAAUCCGAUACGCAGCAUCUUGGAAGGCAGUGGCAUUGCCUACAGCCACGACCAUGCAGCUUUAGUUGGCAAUAGUGCCGCAGAAGCGGCUUUGUACCGGGAUGCUGCAAAGCAAGUUUCUCCUCGUCGUCGCAAGGGUGCGAGUACGUUGCAGGUCAAUGCUAGCAGCAAGAGGCCGACAUGGCCACAUGCCGCGUCACAAUCAUCAUCUGGAUCGUCAAAGACUCAGAAGCUCAAAGCUGCUUCUGUACCGGUCUGGCCGCCGCCACGAUCCAAGGUCACGAGCAUGGAAGAAACAGCAACGCAAGAGGAGACGCAAUCUUUGGCCGUAGCAGAGCAAGGCCUCAGGCGAGCUGUACAUCAAGCUGAGUCCAAUCGCGUGCCCGGUCUCUCGGAUCUAGCUCAGCUACAAAGCGUUAGUGAAGUGGAACUGGCAGCAGCUGUCAAUGCCAUGUCUGCGGCAGAGCAGAAGGAAUUCUUUGACGAUGCUAUUCGGAGGUGGAACCGAAAGAAUUCGGUCUUGAACAACAGAGCAGGUCACCAGCAACAAAAGCCGCAUUUCUUCUAA